AUGAAGCCUUUCAUGCAGGGCUGUAAGGAGAAGGACGUCUUCAAGUCUCAUCAACCAGCAACCAGUUUGGACAAUAAGAUAGAGAAGAAGAAUAAGAAUUUGGGACUGCAUUCAUUGCCAGGGGUUUCAUACAAACAGCCAAGUGUCUUGGCAGGUCGGACAGAUGUUGUUUCUGUGACACCAUGGUUGGCUCCAAUCAUUUGGGAAGGAACGUUUGAUCCUACAUUGAUCGACUUCAUCUACAAACAACAAAACAUCACCAUUGCAACAACUGUCUUUGCUUUGGGAAAAUACACACGUUUUCUCAAAGACUUUCUGGAGUCAGCCGAGCAAUAUUAUUUUGUUGGAUUUCGAGUGCAUUAUUAUUUAUUUACUGAUCAACCAGAAGCGGUUCCUGAUGUAAAACUGAGUAAUGAACAUCAGCUGAUGGUGCGAAAGGUCCCGAGUAUGGAUAGGUGGCAGGACAUCAGUAUGGGCAGGAUGAAAAUUUUGGAAAAACUAACUAAGAGUGAACUGGACAAUGAUAUCGAUUAUAUUUUCUGCCUUGAUGUGGAUACAAAGUUUUAUGGCCGCUGGGGUCCGGAGACUUUAGGUCGGCUUGUAGGUGUGAUUCAUCCUUGGUUCUAUGAUUAUCCACGGGAUCAAUUCACAUAUGAACGUAGACCAGAGUCACAAGCGUUUAUUCCGGUUGAAGAAGGUGAUUAUUAUUACACUGCUGCUGCGUUUGGUGGUACAGUACAGGAAGUUUAUAAGUUAACCAAAACCUGUCGUGAGCAGCAGAGUAUUGAUGCUGCUAAGUCUAUUGAGGCAAUAUGGCAGGAGGAGUCCCAUGUGAACAAAUAUUUUCUUUACAAUAAACCCAGCAAGCUGCUCUCACCCGAGUAUCUGUGGCGGGAUAUUAAUGCUAGGACAGAACAUGUGAAAAUGAUUCGCUUCUCUCAUGUGGCUAAAAACAAUGCUGAGGUUCGCCCAAACUUAUAGCAACUGUUGCAAAUGUCAAUAUCCAUCUGCAUUGACAUGCAGUUGCAUUUACAUUAUGCCAGCGAAAGGUCAUUUUACUUGAAAUUAACUUUUUUUACUUGGAAUUAAUUGAAAAUGAAAUUAACGUUAAAACAUAUUUUUGCUUUAAUAUUUGUAUUUUGUGGUAACAUUGUUAUUAAAUAAGGUACUCUUUUUUAAAAAGGCACUUUAUUGCUUUUUUAUAAAAGCAAUAAGGUGUUGUAUACUCCACUUUGGGUCUUACCGCCCUUCAGCCAUGACUAUUGCUUACAGAACAUAAAGCAUUUAGGAUUUAAAAACUUUAAACCCCUAAUGGCAUUAAUGGACCUUCUUUUUUAUAAUGGUUGAAAGAGAAGUACUUAGAUAGAUAGAUUUUUAGUCGAGUUAAAGUUGUUACUUGAUAAAUGUAUACUAAAUUAAUAAAAUAUUUUUACAUGUGAUUUGUAUAAUUGGAGAGGUUUUUUAUAUGGUGACUAGUUAAAGUUUUGAUUUGUGAAUGAUUUAAGAAUGUGACUUGAAGAC